AUGAACCACGCCUGCGGAAGACGUUGCACUGCGAGCAUGAGGCGCCCAGCCGAAGAGCAGCACCUGUUUGGGGACGUGACAGAGGACAGGAACGGACCCAAGAGACCUUGGUCCUCCUCCUCUAUCACCCCUCUCUCCAUGUCCAACGCUGAGGGAGCAUCUACGAAACCUUCGAUGAGGGUCAUCACGUGUGCCGGUGGCCAGUGUGACCGGCCAGAAAACGCCUCCCGGCUUGAGAUGGACGAGCCCGCAUUCCCUUGGCCUCAGUUGGAACAGGUUGACUUGUAUCGGCAGAAUAGCCCCGACGACCAGCGAGAGACUCCCCCACGCCCCCCUCGUCUUCUUCCCGUUCAGACCCUGCACUUCGACUCUGGAGACACUGUGACGCUGACGUGCCUGGCCACCGGCUUUCCGGCGCCUGCCCUGUGUCUUUUUCUCCCUGUACGCAGAAACGGCGGCGCGCCAGUGACUCUCGCUGCAGUAUCCGUCAGUGCUGAUGAACAAAGCGUCCUCCGGGAGUCAGUCAGGUGUCCCGGGUCCGGCGCCAAGUACUGGGAACCGGCCCAACACUCCGUCAAGUGCAAGAGUGGAGCACGAGGGCGGCUCCAGGAAGUGGGACCUUUAUCAAAGCAGCCGCAGAGUUUCCUGACGCUGCCCAAGGGAGACCCUGGUCGACGAUACGAGGAAUGA